CUUUGGGUUCAUCAAAGUGAAAGUAGAAUCCAUCGGUUUAUAAUCGGAUUUUAAUGAAAACGGAAACCUCUUUACACAGUUUUUUUUAAUGGAACCAGAUGGAAAUCCGGAUCAUGAGAAACUAUCCACAGAUAUGUUUCUACACAGACCAGAUCCUCCAGAACCCAGCUGUGUGUCCAUGAAGAGCGACUGGUCAAUGGAUCAUCCACUUAAGCUUAGUGGACACACUGAAAAGUCUAGACCAGAACCCAGCUGUGUGUCCAUGAAGAGCGACUGGUCAAUGGAUCAUCCACUUAAGCUUAGAGGACACACUGAUCUUGGGUUUAGACCAGAUCCUCCAGAACCGAGCUGUGUGUCCAUGAAGAGCGACUGGUCAAUGGAUCAUCCACUUAAGCUUAGUGGACACACUGAAAAGUCUAGACCAGAUCCUCCAGAACCGAGCUGUGUGUCCAUGAAGAGCGACUGGUCAAUGGAUCAUCCACUUAAGCUUAGUGGACACACUGAAAAGUCUAGACCAGAUCCUCCAGAACCGAGCUGUGUGUCCAUGAAGAGCGACUGGUCAAUGGAUCAUCCACUUAAGCUUAGUGGACACACUGAAAAGUCUAGUUCAGUCCAGAAGCACAGACCAGAGUCAUCUGAACUCAGCUGUGUGUCCAUGAAGAGCGACUGCUCACUAGAUCCUCCACUGAACUUCAGAGGACACACUGGUCCUAGGUUUAGAAUGACUGUCCAGCAGCACAGACCAGAGUCAUCUGAACUCAGCUGUGUCUCCAUGAAGAGUGACUGCUCACUAGAUCCUCCACUGAACUUCAGAGGACACACUGGUCCUAGGUUUAGUUCAGUCCAGAAGCACAGACCAGAGUCAUCUGAACUCAGCUGUGUGUCCAUGAAGAGCGACUGCUCACUAGAUCCUCCACUGAACUUCAGAGGACACACUGGUCCUAGGUUUAGUUCAGUCCAGAAGCACAGACCAGAGUCAUCUGAACCCAGCUGUGUGUCCAUGAAGAGUGACUGCUCACUAGAUCCUCCACUGAACUUCAGAGGACACACUGGUCCUAGGUUUAGUUCAGUCCAGAAGCACAGACCAGAGUCAUCUGAACCCAGCUGUGUGUCCAUGAAGAGCGACCGGUCAAUGGAUCCUCCACAUAACUUCAGAGGACACACUGGUCCUAGGUUUAGUUCAGUCCAGAAGCACAGACCAGAGUCAUCUGAACCCAGCUGUGUGUCCAUGAAGAGCGACCGGUCAAUGGAUCCUCCACAUAACUUCAGAGGACACACUGGUCCUAGGUUUAGUUCAGUCCAGAAGCACAGACCAGAGUCAUCUGAACCCAGCUGUGUGUCCAUGAAGAGCGACCGGUCAAUGGAUCCUCCACAUAACUUCAGAGGACGCACUGGGCCUAGGUUUAGUUCAGUCCAGAAGCACAGACCAGAGUCAUCUGAACCCAGCUGUGUGUCCAUGAAGAGCGACCGGUCAAUAGAUCCUCCACAUAACUUCAGAGGACACACUGGUCGUAGGUUUAGUUCAGUCCAGAAGCACAGACCAGAGUCAUCUGAACCCAGCUGUGUGUCCAUGAAGAGUGACUGCUCAAUGGAUCCUCCAUUUCACUUCAGAGGACACCCUGAUUUUGGGUUUAGUUCAGUCCAGAAGCACAGACCAGAGUCAUCUGAACCCAGCUGUGUGUCCAUGAAGAGCGACCGGUCAAUGGAACAUCCACUGAACUUCAGAGGACACACUGGUCAUAGGUUUAGGCAUGGCCCUCAACGUGAACCCCUCAAGUUAUUCAGAUCAAAUCUGGGGAGGAAGUUUGAGUGUCUGUGUGAGGGAACAGUGACGCAGGGAAACCCAACACUGCUGAAUGAGAUCUACACAGAGCUGUACAUCACAGAGAGUGAGAGCGGAGAGAUCAAUAAUGAGCAUGAGGUGAGACAGAUUGAGACACAGUCCAGGAGAGCAGCAACAGAGGACACAGCCAUCAAAUGCAGAGACAUCUUCAGACCUUUACCUGGACAAGACAAACCCAUCAGAACUGUGCUGACAAAGGGAGUCGCUGGCAUUGGAAAAACAGUCUCUGUGCAGAAGUUCAUCCUGGACUGGGCUGAAGGACAAGAGAAUCAGGACGUCCAGCUCAUAUUUCCACUUCCUUUCAGAGAGAUCAACCUGAUGAAGGACAAAACACUCAGUCUUUUGGAUCUGUUGCAUAUUUUCUUUCCUGAAACCAAAGAAAUGAAACCAUUCAGUGGUGAAUAUAAAGUGUUGUUCAUCUUUGAUGGUCUGGACGAGUGCCGUCUUCCCUUAAACUUUGACUGCAGUGAAACUCUACAGGAUGUGACCAAAGAGACAUCAGUGGACGAGCUGCUGAUGAACCUCAUUGAGGGGAAUCUGCUUCCCUCUGCUCUCAUCUGGAUCACCUCCAGACCAGCAGCAGCUGAUCUAGUCCCCUCUGAGUGUGUCCAUCGAGUGACAGAGAUACGAGGCUUCAGUGAUCCACAGAAGGAGGAAUACUUCUGGAAGAGAAUCAGUGAUCAGGGUCUGGCCGAGAGGAUCAUCUCACACCUGAAGUCAUCAAGGAGCCUCUUCAUCAUGUGCCACAUCCCUGUCUUCUGCUGGAUCUCAGCCGCUGUUCUGGAGAAGAUGAUGAAGAAAUCAUGGAGAGGAGAGAUUCCCAAGACUCUCACUCAGAUGUACACACACUUCCUGAUCAUUCAGACCAACAUCAAACACGAGAAGGACUAUGAGAAGAACGUGAAGGAUGAAGACAUGAUCCUCAAACUGGGGAAACUGUCUUUCCAGCAGCUUGUGAAAGGAAACCUGAUCUUCUAUGAGGAAGACCUGAGAGAGUGUGGCAUUGAUGCGACAGAAGCAUCAGUUUACUCAGGAUUGUGCACUCAGAUCUUCAGAGAGGAGUUGGGCUUGUAUCAGGGGAAAGUCUUCUGCUUUGUUCAUCUGAGCAUUCAGGAGCAUCUCGCAGCUCUAUAUGUGCUGCUUUCAUUCCUGCUGGACAAGAGAGAUGUGCUCAAUGAAAACCUCAGCUCAAAAUAUUCACACGAGUUCACACGUCACACAAUAUCUGACCUGCAUCAGAGAGCCGUGGACAAGGCUUUACAGAGGAAGAACGGACAUCUGGACCUUUUCCUCCGAUUUCUUCUGGGUCUCUCGCUGGAGUCCAAUCAGACGCUUCUGAAAGGUCUUCUGACACGCAUUGUAAACAUCCCGUUCAGUGAAGAGGAAACGAUUGAGUACAUUAAAACAAGAAUAAAACUGAAUCGCUCACCAGAGAAAUCCAUCAAUCUGUUCCACUGUUUAAAUGAACUCGGUGACCAGUCUCUCGUCAGUGAAGUCCAGAAGUAUCUCAGCUAUGGAGGUCUGUCAGGAGCCAAACUGUCCUCGACACAGUGGUCAGCUGUUAUCUUUGUUUUGUUGACCUCAGAGCAGUUGGAUACAUUUUAUUUGAGUAAAUACAUAAGCAGAGCCCAAAACCCAAGACCAAACCACAUGACACCUGAUAAACUUCUUCUGAAGCUCUUGCCUGUCGUUGAAGCCUCCAGAUCAGCAGAGUUGUGUGAUUGUGGCGUCACAGCUGAAGGUUGUUCUGCUCUGAGGUCAGCUCUGAGAUCAAACUCCUCACAGCUGAGAAAACUGGAUCUGACUGGGAAUAAAGUAGGAGUUAAAGGUCUGAAGCUGAUCUCUGAUGCACUGAAGGAUCCUCACUGUAAACUGGAGACACUGAGGUUGUGGGAGUGUGGCGUCACAGAUGAAGGUUGUUCUGCUCUGAGUUCAGCUCUGAGAUCAAACUCCUCACAGCUGAGAGAACUGGAUCUGACUGGGAAUAAAGUAGGAGAUACAGGAGUGAAGCUGAUCUCUGAUGCACUGAAGGAUCCUCACUGUAAACUGGAGAAACUGGGGUUGUGGGAGUGUGGCGUCACAGAUGAAGGUUGUUCUGCUCUGAGUUCAGCUCUGAGAUCAAACUCCUCACAGCUGAGAGAACUGAGUCUGUCUCACAAUAGAGUAGGAGAUACAGGAGUGAAGCUGAUCUCUGAUGCACUGAAGGAUCCUCACUGUAAACUGGAGGAACUGAGGUUGUGGAGUUGUGGCGUCACAGAUGAAGGUUGUUCUGCUCUGAGUUCAGCUCUGAGAUCAAACUCCUCACCGCUGAGAGAACUGAAUCUGUCAUGGAAUAAAGUAGGAGAUACAGGAGUGAAGCUGAUCUCUGAUGCACUGAAGGAUCCUCACUGUAAACUGGAGACACUGGGGUUGAUUCAUUGUGGCAUCACAGAUGAAGGUUGUUCUGCUCUGAGUUCAGCUCUGAGAUCAAACUCCUCACAGCUGAGAAAACUGAAUCUAACUAGGAAUAAUGUAGGAGAUACAGGAGUGAAGAUGAUCUCUGAUGCACUGAAGGAUCCUCACUGUAAACUGGAGAAACUGAGGUUGAAUAGUUGUGACAUCACAGAUGAAGGUUGUUCUGCUCUGAGUUCAGCUCUGAGAUCAAACUCCUCACAGCUGAGAGAACUGGAUCUGACUGGGAAUAAAGUAGGAGAUGCAGGAGUGAAGCUGAUCUCUGAUGCACUGAAGGAUCCUCACUGUAAACUGGAGAAACUGUGGUUGAAUAGUUGUGGCGUCACAGAUGAAGGUUGUUCUGCUCUGAGUUCAGCUCUGAGAUCAAACUCCUCACAGCUGAGAGAACUGGAUCUGACUGAGAAUAAAGUAGGAGGUGCAGGAGUGAAGCUGAUCUCUGAUGCACUGAAGGAUCCUCACUGUAAACUGGAGAAACUGUGGUUGAGUAAGUGUGGCGUCACAGAUGAAGGUUGUGCUGCUCUUAGUUCAGCUCUGAGAUCAAACUCCUCACAGCUGAGAGAACUGGAUCUGUCAUGGAAUGAUCUAGAACAGUCAAGUUUGAACCUGCUCUCUGCUUUAAAAGAUGAUCCAUGUUACAAACUGGAGAAACUGAUGUACUAAAUGAUGGAGAAUAUGGAUCAGGACAGACACAUUGAAUCCAACAGAUUCAUCAGAACUGAAGUCAAUGAUCAAGCGCUGAUGUGUGUGAGUUACAGGAGUUUAGAGACACUUUCACUAUUACUUGGAUUUUAACAACAGCAACUGCGCACAGACAAACCCCAAAGUUUGUAAAGGGUCUGCUACUUUUAUUUGAUUUUUUUUUAUCUACUCACAAUAAAAACUCAAAGCUGCAGAAAAACAGGAUGCUCUUUCUGAUGCCUCCAAUCUCCUUUUUAUCUUAAAAAUGAACAAUGUAGAUAAGCAUGUACAUGUUUUUUUUAGUUAUGAUAUUUCAGACCUUACAUUGCCAUUUACACCUUACAUCAGACAGCAGAGGAUUUGUAAUAUUUAGAAUGAAAUAUGUUUUGCUUGAUAUAUAAACACCUUUUUAAUAUAUCUAAAUAUCGAAAAACAAGUAUGUGUAUUUUACACUGUAUGAUAUGAUAAAAUCUAAAUUGUAUAUGUUGUAUGAGAUGUGUGUGUGUAUAUAUACUAAUAUUAUUGUAACAAUUUGUUCUUAAUACAGUGUAAUGACACUGUAGUCAUUAAUAAUAAUAUCUCCAGGCCCUAAAACACAUCUGAGGAUUAAGCUCUGAUAUGUUUAAAACAAUCUUUAUUAGGGGUGUAACGGUACGUGUAUUCGUAUCGGAUCGUUUCGGUACAGGGCUUUUGGUACGGUGCACGUGUGUACCAAAUGCAAUAUUUUGUGGGAGAAACAUAUGCAUUUUCGUGUUUCUAAACGAACAUAUUAAGUGGCGGAAGUCUCCGCGUUCAGCGCAAAUCCUGCCCUGCAGCUUAUUCUAAGGCCGGUGACACACUGGCUGCGUGGCGUGUGCAUGGCUUUUCUGCUGCGUGACGGCUGCUUCGCGUUUUCUGUGUCUUUUACACACCAGAAUCGUUCCUGACGCGGCGCUGGUGUGCUGCUGCUACUGUAGGUGACAUAGAGGGAAACCGCCAACAGUCCAGGAUCUUGUCUUCACGACGACAAUAUAUAUACUUCAUGUUGAGCAUAAAUAUAAAGCCUACUGAUAAAGGACACAGUCAACAGCAUUGACGGCAAAAUAGACUAUGUUUGACAGGUGCAAUAUGGCAGUGUGUCACUGGCCUAAGGUUUUCAAAAGGCAUCACGUGAGUGUGAACAUCACUACAACCAGGAAAAAAAUGAUUGUAAUUCAAACGCAGCUCCCGUCGGCAUUAAAACAGACCUUUGCUCUUAAUUCCGAUCAGUCCAACUCUAUAAUGAAAUCUGAAUCUGAGGUCUAAAAACUGAAACGGUUAAUGCUGCACUUUACACUUUGGAAAAGUUAUAUAUAUAUAUAUAUAUAUAUAUAUAUAUAUAUAUUUUUUUUUUUUUUAAUAUGAGCAGGCCUACAAGCUGGGAUUGGUAAUGCUGCAAUGUAAUCAUAGUUACUUAUUUAUAUUUUUCAUUAUAUUUUAUUAUAUGAUAUUGGUUUGAGACUGAGAGUAUUUUAUUUAGUGGAGAACUUUGCAGCAGUAUUUUAUUUUCUAUUCUUUUUUUAUUUUAAAUAUAUUGUAUUAAAAAGUAUUUUAAAAUGGGUAAACAAAUUGUUUAAAAAAAGUUUAUAGUAAUAAACAACCUGCAGUUUAAUGUUCGCAUUUCUUUCCCUUACUGUACUGAAAAUGAACCGAACCGUGACUUUAAAACCGAGCUACGUACCGAACUUUUUUUUUUUUUUUUUUGCGUACCGUAACACCCCUAAUCUUUAUGAUAUUUCAGAUGAUUAUAUUGUAUAUGAAUGUAAAGUAUUUUUUGUACAUAAGAUUUAUUAAACUCUUCCUCAGUGAAGUUG